UUAUAUGUCACCGAUUUUAGGACAUACACCAGGAAACGAAGAAGAGAGAAAGUGAGGUUGAAGUUAACCAAAAACCAAAGGGAGUUAAAUUCAAAAUUAUACCUUUAUUUUUAUCAACACACACUUGGAAUUUCUUGAAAAAUGAGUAUUUGUAGUGCAUAUUGCUUGCUAACCAUCAGAAGGUCCUCUUUGAUUCCCUUCCAGUUAUCAUUCCCCAAAAAUAAUUAUGCAAAGAAAGAAUCGGGAAGCAUCAGCAUGAUUGGCGGAGCUCUAAAAAAGAAGAAAAUAGGUAAAACAGGGCCUGUGAUGGAGAAGAAAGUGCUGCCAGUCGAAACUGACCCCGAGAGGCUGAUCAAUUAUGCUUGCGGAACAAAUAUAUUCAAAACAGGAGAGGAUGUGCUCCUGAAGCCAGAUGAAGAGUACCCUGACUGGCUUUGGAAUAUAAAAACUGGACCGCCUCCCCCUUUGGAAGAAUUAGACCCAAAUUCCAAAGAGUAUUGGAGGAGGAUACGCAAAAUGGCUAUGCGAAGGAACAAUCAGCUGGCCCAAACUAAAAAGUUCUGAAGUGUUGAUUUGUUGUGGUGUGCAAGGUACUUCAACCAUAAACUAAUAAGAAUGAUGACGUAAAAUGCAAAUAUAUGUAAAUAUUCGUUUUCCGCCUCGCUAUAGUUUUUGAGAAAAUUUUAAUUAUACUUCUGUAUUUUUGUUCUCUGAUUAUGUAUCUAAAGUCAAAAUUUUGCGCUAUGAUCUAAUUUUGAAGAUAUAGACAUUUAAAAGUAAAAAAUCAAAUAUUUGAGGAAGUCACUUCCUAACAUGA